AUGGUUGUUGCUGACAGUUGGGAUGCCUGGAUUGCUUGUCCUGUGAGUACCGAAAAUGUAAGUCAUUUUUUGAAAUUUAGGGUUUUGUAAAGAAAGUUCUUGCGAUUUUUUAGUUUGUAAAGAAAGUUCUUGCUAUUUUUUGUAUUGUAAAGAAAGUUCUUGUCAUUUUAAGUUUUGCAAAGAAAUUUCUUGCCAUUUUAUGUUCUGUAAAGAAAGUUCUUGCUAUUUUUUGCUUUGUAAAAAAAGUUCUUGCCAUUUUUUAUCUCAUGUUCAGAUUUUCGCCAACUUGCUACUACACGGCAGCUUUAUUACUUUGUUGUACAUCGGGACCAUUAUCUAUCGAGUAAUCAUGGAGAAGAAGCACGAUCAACGAUUAGCAGAGUACCUAUAUUAUCCUGAAGAGAUCGAUGAACCCAAGCCCAAUAAAGCCACUACCUCAUCACAGAAGAAGGACGCUGAUAUCACGGGCAUGAGGGAUUGA